AUGUAUCAGACGAUCGUGCCGCUCACGUCCCCCUUCGAUCUCACCUCUUCAUUCGGGUCCCUCCUCAACACCCAGACGUUCUCCGCACUCCCCUUCCCCAACCUCUUCUCCGCCGUCCUCUCGGCCUUCCUGGUGAUCCACUCCUCGUACUUCUCCUCCUGUGUCAUCCCCUUCAUCGUCAGACAAUGCUUGAAGUCGUCCAUCUUUUCCUUGCAAUCCUGGACCCCGCCGUACCUGUACACCGCUUUGAGUUGCGGUCCGAGGGCAAAGCAAGACGCCCACCUGUCAAACAUGUCUGUGCAGGAUGGCAUCUCGGAUAUCGGCGUAGAUGCUUUGUGGUAG